AGUGUAGACACAUUUCUUGUUCCAGGUUCACACGGACAAAUACAGAGAGACUUUAAACUACAAAAACAAACGACAAGAUACAUAAUGGAAUCAGCAUAUAAAGGUGAUUCACAGGAGCUGAGGAUUGUGCUGCUGGGAGUCUGUGGAGCUGGAAAGAGUUCAACUGCAAAUGCAGUACUGGGUCGAGAGGCAUUUAAAGAGAGCAGAACCAGAGAGAGUGAGAAACAGACAGGAAAAGUAGAAGACAGAAAAAUCUCCAUCAUCGACACGCCAGGAUUCUUCAACACUCAACUGACCGAUGAAGAGAUGAAGAAUGAGAUGAUGAAGAGUAUGUUCCUCUGUUAUCCUGGUCCUCACCUGUUCCUGCUCGUCAUCAACCUGAAGACCUUCAGAGAGGAGCAGAGGAACCUCGUGGAGCAAGUUCAGGAGAACUUUGGAGCUCAGGCUUUGAAGUUCACAAUGGUGCUGUUUGUUGGAAGAGAAAAAAUUCCAAAUAGACAAUGGAAGCUUCUUAUAGACAGUAGAAGGUUUCAGGAGCUAGUAGGUCACUGCAGAGGACAAUAUCAUACAUUCAACAGUAAAAAUGACAUUAUUCCAACUCACAUCACAAAACUUCUAGAGAGGAUUGAUGAAAUCAUCAAACAAAAUGAUGGCCAACAUUACGACAUUGGCAUUUAUUUAAGAGUUCCAAUAAACUGCAUAAAAGGAAAGAUGAAACAAGAGAAAGAAAUAAAAGUUGAAGCAACUAAACAAGAGCAGAUUAUAGUGCGGGAGUCGAGUAACAUGUACACUGUAAAAGAAAAGGACACAGCAAAUGUUGUGACUGAAAAUAAAGAUUUUAUUUCUCAUGUGACAAAAAUAGAGAGAACUGAAUUAAAUGUAGACAUACACUCUAGAGAUCCACAAGAAAACAAGGAUGAUGAAGAAGAGGUGGUCAAACCACCAGCAAAAUCACUGAGAAACUACUUUGAACACAAAGGAGAAACAAAUACAGUCCAGAAACCAGAAAAAUACAGAAAAUGUGACCAGAACAAACAACAGACAGUGACAGAACAACAUCCAACCCAAAGAGGUGAGAACAGUUUUAUUACACUUUUACCAAAUAUCAUGACAUACUUCUGA